GAACGAGAGCAUCGUACACAGAGAGAGAUGGCGAUCAUGCAGUUGCUGCGUCACCCGAACAUCUGCCAACUUAAAGAGUGGAUGACCGAAGGUGACCGAUACUACAUGUUUCUAGAGUAUGUAGACGGAGGUCAGCUACUAGAUUAUAUUAUCAGUCAUGGAAAAUUGCGUGAGAAACAAGCUCGAAAAUUCUCUAGACAGAUUGUCAGUGCUCUUGAUUAUUGCCACCGGAAUUCUAUUGUACAUCGAGAUCUCAAGAUUGAAAAUAUCCUGAUCACCCGGGACGAAAACAUAAAGAUCAUUGAUUUUGGGCUGUCCAACAUCUACUCGCCUUUACGCCAGCUAAACACUUUCUGCGGCUCGCUCUAUUUUGCUGCACCGGAAUUACUACAGGCACACAAGUAUAUUGGACCCGAAGUAGACGUCUGGAGUUUGGGAAUUGUGCUGUAUGUAUUGGUGUGUGGCCGAGUACCUUUUGAUGACACAAGUCUGCCAGCCUUGCAUGCAAAGAUAAAAGCAGGCGUCGUUGUUUAUCCAGACCAUCUUUCAAAAGACUGCAUUCAUUUAUUAUCAAACAUUCUUGUCGUCGAUCCCCUCCAGAGGAAAGACCUGAGCUUUGUUCGCAACCAUCCCUGGCUCAACAAAGGUCACGAUGCACCUGUCGAUAAUCAUCUCCCACACAGACUACCCCUAACCACUCCAGAU